AUGCAGCCGCAAAGUAACAACGCUUCACAACGUGAAAGGUAUGCUGAUGCUGGUCGAGAAGCCAAAGCCAGUACCCACAUGCAGCCGCAAAGUAACAACGCUUCACAAUGUGAAAGGUAUGCUGAUGCUGGUCAAGAAGCCAAAGCCAGUACCCACAUGCAGCCGCAAAGUAACAACGCUUCACAAUGUGAAAGGUAUGCUGAUGCUGGUCAAGAAGCCAAAGCCAGUACCCACAUGCAGCCGCAAAGUAACAACGCUUCACAACGUGAAAGGUAUGCUGAUGCUGCUCAAGAAGCCAAAGCCAGUACCCACAUGCAGCCACAAAGUAACAACGCUUCACAGCGUGAAAGGUAUGCUGAUGCUGGUCAAGAAGCCAAAGCCAGUACCCACAUGCAGCCGCAAUAUAACAACGCUUCACAACGUGAAAGGUAUGCUGAUGCUGGUCAAGAAGCCAAAGCCAGUACCCACAUGCAGCCACAAAGUAACAACGCUUCACAACGUGAAAGGUAUGCUGAUGCUGGUCAAGAAGCCAAAGCCAGUACCCACAUGCAGCCGCAAAGUAACAACGCUUCACAACGUGAAAGGUAUGCUGAUGCUGGUCAAGAAGCCAAAGCCAGUACCCACAUGCAGCCGCAAAGUAACAACGCUUCACAACGUGAAAGGUAUGCUGAUGCUGGUCAAGAAGCCAAAGCCAGUACCCACAUGCAGCCGCAAAGUAACAACGCUUCACAACGUGAAAGGUAUGCUGAUGCUGCUCAAGAAGCCAAAGCCAGUACCCACAUGCAGCCGCAAAGUAACAACGCUUCACAACGUGAAAGGUAUGCUGAUGCUGGUCAAGAAGCCAAAGCCAGUACCCACAUGCAGCCGCAAAGUAACAACGCUUCACAAUGUGAAAGGUAUGCUGAUGCUGGUCAAGAAGCCAAAGCCAGUACCCACAUGCAGCCGCAAAGUAACAACGCUUCACAAUGUGAAAGGUAUGCUGAUGCUGGUCUAGAAGCCAAAGCCAGUACCCACAUGCAGCCGCAAAGUAACAACGCUUCACAACGUGAAAGGUAUGCUGAUGCUGGUCAAGAAGCCAAAGCCAGUACCCACAUGCAGCCACAAAGUAACAACGCUUCACAGCGUGAAAGGUAUGCUGAUGCUGGUCAAGAAGCCAAAGCCAGUACCCACAUGCAGCCGCAAUAUAACAACGCUUCACAACGUGAAAGGUAUGCUGAUGCUGGUCAAGAAGCCAAAGCCAGUACCCACAUGCAGCCACAAAGUAACAACGCUUCACAACGUGAAAGGUAUGCUGAUGCUGGUCAAGAAGCCAAAGCCAGUACCCACAUGCAGCCGCAAAGUAACAACGCUUCACAACGUGAAAGGUAUGCUGAUGCUGGUCAAGAAGCCAAAGCCAGUACCCACAUGCAGCCGCAAAGUAACAACGCUUCACAACGUGAAAGGUAUGCUGAUGCUGGUCAAGAAGCCAAAGCCAGUACCCACAUGCAGCCGCAAAGUAACAACGCUUCACAACGUGAAAGGUAUGCUGAUGCUGCUCAAGAAGCCAAAGCCAGUACCCACAUGCAGCCGCAAAGUAACAACACUUCACAACGUGAAAGGUAUGCUGAUGCUGCUCAAGAAGCCAAAGCCAGUACCCACAUGCAGCCGCAAAGUAGCAACGCUUCACAACGUGAAAGGUAUGCUGAUGCUGGUCAAGAAGCCAAAGCCAGUACCCACAUGCAGCCGCAAAGUAACAACGCUUCACAACGUGAAAGGUAUGCUGAUGCUGGUCAAGAAGCCAAAGCCAGUACCCACAUGCAGCCGCAAAGUAACAACGCUUCACAACGUGAAAGGUAUGCUGAUGCUGGUCAAGAAGCCAAAGCCAGUACCCACACGCAGCCGGCGAGUAACGUCGCUUCACAACGUCAAAGAUAG